AUGGGGCCAGGAGGGCCCUGCCUGCCUUGCAGCCCCCCGUCGGUAGAGGCCCACGGCCUGCCUGGCGCAGCAGCCCUGAAGCUCAUGGAGCGGUGCUACUGGCCGCUCACUGGUGCGCCUCUGGGAUCGCAAGUGAAACUGCAGGAGCCGGCUUUGGCGAUCCUGCCACGGCCCUGCGGAGACCCUUCCCCACUGUUCAGCGGGGGCCUCUCCCGCAGUUCAUCCAACGGCGGGCUGCUGUGGUUCUGGCUGCUCUGGACGGUCCUGAUCCUGUUCAGCUGCUGCUGCGCCUACAGGCACCGCCGCGCCAAGCUGCGCCUGCAGCAGCAGCAGCGGCAGCGCGAGAUCAACCUCAUUGCCUACCACGGUGCCUGCAACUACCCCCCGUCCAUGAUGGACCUCAGGAUGCUGGCUUCCUUCAAGCUGCCUGCCUAUGAGGAGGUGGCCCACCGCCCGACCACCCCACCGCCCCCCUACAGUGCCGUCUUGGGCGGCUCCGCCAGCCGCCUGGGCUCCAGCACCCUGACGCUGACCGGCAGCUCUGAGAACUAUACCAGCUGCUCGUGCGAGUCCAGCUGCCUGACGUCGCCCAGCAGCACCUCGCUCUCCGCCACCGAGGCCAGUACUCCCAGCGAGGGGGAGAUGGAGGCCGAGGGGGGGCCCAGGAGCUGCAGCAGCAGCACAGGGGGCAGCUGGGAGCCCUGCUCCAUCCCGGCCCCCAAGCACGCUCUCUUCUCCUCCAACGUGGAACUCUUCGAUGGGGAUCCGCGGCGGCUCUCCGACAGCGAUGAAGGGCCUGAUGCUGGGGAUGAGGGCGAGCACUUCCGGCAUCGCCGCCUCACGGGGGACUCCGGCAUUGAGGUGGGGCACGGCCAGGAGGAAGAGGAGGCGGCGGCUGCCGGAGAUGACGACAGCGAGGGAGAGGCCGUCCACUUGCUCGGCAAAGGCCUUCCCUGCGCGUGCCCCAGCGCCGAGCCCCCGAACCUGCGUGCGGGGCAGGCUGAAGGGGACCCCGACGAAUUGGCCACCACCUCACCUACGUUGCCUGUCUGAAGGGGAGCCGGCGCGUGCGGCUGCCCCCCCGCUUUACGGGGUCUGCUGUCACACCACUUCCAAGACUUGGUCGCCGUCUCCCUCGUGCCAGGCAGCGGGCUCUGGCAAGGGACGCCACCCGUGCGGUUCACUGCGGAGAAUCGCCGCCUUAGCACCAACACUGCCCUCCGCCAGACCACGUGCUCCGCCCCCCUUGCCUAGACAGCGUGUCGUGCUGCGCCCCAGCUCUCCUCGCCCCCCCGGCUUUGUGACCAAAGCUCUGCUCCCCCCCGGGGAUCUUGCUGUGGACUUGCGAUCCCGAGGCAUCAGAUGCCUGGGAAGGGAGGACCGCCUGCUGGACCGUAACCACUGCCACUGCUCUGUGUCCGUGUGUCCUGCUGCACUCCAAAACCUUCGGAACAAGGUGUGGCUCUUCCCUGGCUGGGGGCAGGUGGCACGCAGACUCCCUGUGCCCUUUCCCCAUAGCAUUUGCACUGGGCUCGGGGUUUGCUAGCUGCCUGAGUGAGGCGGUUCUCGCUUAUGCCUGCUCCCAGGUCCAGCCAGACUCGGGGAGCAGGGAGCAGCCCUCCUCCUCCAGGCUGCUCGAAGCAGCUUGCCUGGUCUGUCCCAGUGCCUGAUAGCCUGUGGAGCAGAGGUACUCUCCACAUGUGCAGUUGGGGGCAGCAGUGCUGGCUUAUUAAAAAGAUGUGGAAA